AUGGCCGGCACCAUCGCCAACUUCAUCACCACCUCCCUCCUAACACUAACCUGCGCAACAAUCCUCUUCAUCGCCUACCGCAUCGCGCUGCGCCCCAUGCUGCAGAGCAUGAACGUCCCGCUGCAGACCCUGUUCUCGGGCCCGGGACGUGUGAUGCUGCCCGACGACGCGGACCUGGAGGAGGGCUUUCGGGACGAUAGCGAUGAGGAGGGGGAGGGGGAUGUUAGGGUGCGGAGGUAG